AUGCAUAGGAUAGAAAAUGUCCUUGUGGUUUGGUUGGACGGCAGUAUUGAUCCUGUUUGUGGUGAUUGUCAAGAAACCAUCACACAAUUACGACAUAUUGUUAAUAACAUUCAUACAUAUACAGAUAGUGAUCAAUGUGUGGAUUUCAUCCAAACUGUUACUGACAACAAAAUAUGUGUAAUUAUUUCUGGUGCACUUGGCCAACAUGUUGUACCUUGUGUACAUGGUAUGUCACAAGUGGAUUCCAUUUUUAUUUUUUGCAGUAAUCAAAAAUGGCAUGAACAAUGGGCAAAAUCAUGGCGUAAAAUCAAAGGUGUCUAUACACAAUUACCAGUAAUGUGUGAAGCUAUCAAAUAUGCAGUUAAACAAUGUGAACAAAGUACUAUAUCACUUAGUUUUAUACCGAAAGAUAUCGGUGAUGUAUCUACUAUAACAAUAGAUCGAUUAGAUCCUUCUUUUUUGUAUACUCAAAUCCUGAAAGAAAUAUUAUUAUCAAUUAACUUCGAAGAAAAACAUGUUAAAAAAUUUGCUAAUUAUUGUCGUGAUAUAUUUGGUGAUAAUCCACAUGAAUUAGACAAUAUUGCAAAAUUAGAACAAAAAUAUUUUGAUAAUACGCCUAUUUGGUGGUAUACCUAUGAUUGUUUCUUAUAUCCUAUGCUCAAUCGUAUUUUAAGACUAAUGGAUGUGGACAUUAUAUUUCAUACGAGCUUCUUUAUUGUUGAUCUUCAUCGAGAUAUUCAACGUUUACAUUUAAAACAAUAUUUUGGUCAUGAUUAUAAUAAAACUUUUAUGGUCUAUCGUGGACAAGGAAUGUCAAAAAAAGAUUUUGAACAAAUAUCAAAUACGAAAGAUGGUUUAAUGUCAUUUAAUAAUUUUUUAUUUACGAAUAAAAAUCCACAAGUUUGUCUACGGUUUGCAGAUGAAGCUACAAAAAAUCCUGAUUUAGUACCAGUUCUCUUCGUUAUGACCAUUGAUCCUACUCAAUCAACAGUUCCAUUUGCGUCUAUUAGUGAAACCAGUUUUCAUCGUACCAAAGAUGAAGUUCUCUUCUCUAUACGUUCCGUUUUUCGCAUUAAUGAUAUUAAGCCAAUGAAUGAAAAUAAUCUUAUACACGAAAUACAUUUGACACUUAUUGGUGACAAUGAUAAAGAUUUACGAGCACUCAAUAAUCGUAUUCGAGAAGAAACCUUUCCUGAAGAAGAAGGAUGGUAUAGAUUAGGUGUUGUACUUAUUAAAAUGGGUCAAUAUGAUAAAGCUGAAGGAUUCUAUGAAUUUCUACUUGGUCAGACAACGCAUGAGAAUGAUAAAGCAUUUAUCUAUCAUGAACUUGGAAGAAUUAAAUACAAUUUAAAAGAUUAUCAAAAAGCAUUAAUAAAUUAUGAAAAAUCACUUGAAAUUAAACAAAAAAAUCUUCCUCCAAAUCAUGCGGAUUUCGCUAAUCUUUACAAUAAUAUUGGUUUAGUGUAUAAACACGAGGGUAAUUAUUCCGAAGCACUUUCAUCUCAUAAGAAAGCCGUUGAAAUUCAAAAACUAGCACUCUCUUCUCAACAUCUGGAUUUAAGUACUUCUUACAGUAAUAUUGGCAAUGUAUAUGACAGCAUGGGUAAUUAUUUAAAAGCACUUUCAUAUCAUGAGAAAGCCCUUAAAAUUCGACAAAAAGCUCUUCCACCCAAUCAUCCAACAUUAGCUUAUUCCUACAAUAAUAUGGGAUUAACAUAUGACAAUAUGGGUUAUUAUUCACAAGCACUUUCAUCUCAUGAAAAAGCUCUUGCAAUUCGACAAGAAGCACUUCCUCCAAACCAUCCUGAUUUAGCAUCAUCUUAUAAUAACAUCGGUAAUGCAUAUGAUAAUCUAGGUGAUCAUGCAAAAGCACUCAAGGCAUACGAAAAAUCACUGGAACUUAUCCAGGAAUCACUUCCUCCAAAUCAUCCUGAUUUAGGUAGGUCAUAUUACAAUAUAGGUUUGGUAUAUCAAAAUAUGGGUAACUUCUUGAAAGCAUAUGCAUUCUAUGAUCGAGCCGUUGAAAUUGGACAAGAAUCGUUGCCACCAGAACAUCCACAUCUUCAAUUGUACAAAAAAAAUUUUGAAAACAUGAAACAGAAAUUUCAUUAA